AUGACGUACCUGCGCUCCAUUGGGGAAGUGAUCGUCUUUCUGGCGUUGUCCAUCUUCGCGAUAUUGAAGAGCAUCGUCAAGUUGUUUAUACCGAAGAAAUACAAGAUGAAGAGCAUAAACGGCGAGAUCGCCCUCGUGACCGGAGGUGGCGGUGGAUUAGGCAGACUUCUUUCCCUCAGGCUGGCCAACUUAGGCGCCAUCGUGGUCGUCUGGGACAUCAAUGAGAGUGGCAUUCGGGAGACUGUAAAGUUGGUCCAGGCGGCCGGCGGCACGUGUUAUGGUUAUGUUUGCGACCUGUGUGAUCGGGAAGACAUAUAUAAAAAAGCCAUUAUCAUCAAGGAGGAGAUCGGCAAGGUGACGAUUCUCAUCAACAACGCGGGCGUCGCCAUUGGGACAAGGUUGUUGGAUACUCCGGAUAAGCUCAUUAUGAGGACAAUGGAUGUUAACAUCAUGAGUCAUUUCUGGACCGUAAAGGCGUUCCUCCCGGCGAUGAUGGAGAACAACAAGGGACAUAUCGUGAGCAUAGCGAGUUUAGCCGGUUACUGCGGCGUCCCCAAAUUGGUGGACUAUUGUGCGUCCAAGUUCGCGGCAGUCGGCUUUGACGAGGCUCUCCGGAUAGAACUUGAGUAUGAGGGAUAUGACAUCAACACCACGGUUGUGUGCCCUUACUUCAUUCGCAGCACUGGCAUGUUCGAAGAUGUUCAAUCCAGGUACGUCCCGACUCUGAGUCCGAAUGACGUGGCAGAUCGGAUCCUAAUGGCGUUAAGAUGCAACGAGAAAUUCGCCAUAAUACCGGGAUAUAUGCAGAUACUGUUGGGUAUGAAAUGGUUGUUCCCGUGGACGUGCAUCGGGAUGUUCCUUCGAGGAGUGGUCUCAGACGCCUCGCCGAGUCAUCAAAGUCAGAGAUUCUCGGCCGCGACCGCGAACGACUGCAAUGUGCCGUCUAAGGAUCAGAACGGCGCGGCUAUUCACCAGCAGCUGACUAGACGUGUCUCCAGCUCUGAGAGAAAGCCCUGAGAGCGAUGUCCGAUCUCUCAAGUCCUGGCGUGACCUUUACACGUCUUCCACUUCGUAUUACUUCGGCGAGCGAACGGUAAAGGUCACGUUCUAAGCGUAAGAGAGACGUACGCGCACGCGCGCGCGCACGCACACACACAGAACAUAUAUAUAUAUAAUCGCAAUUAUACGCAGCGAUUACGCCGACGGCUCGUUUCGUAAUCGUGUCGCUAUGUCUUGCUUAAUAUUGCGCAAAAUUGAGACGAGUACCGUCGAGAGAGUCGAUGCGAAGAAACUGGAGGAAAGCGGCACGAUGGUCUGCGUCGUUCUAAAUCCUUCUCUCGGAAAGUUGCUCUUGGACGGAGGAUACCUGGCGGGCAGUCAAACAAGCGACGUUUCGACGACAGUUCUUUUGCGGUCCCGUACAUCUACGGAAAAAGAAAAAUAUAUAAUUACCAUUUUACAAUGUGAAAUGUGAUCUUAAGGACGACGAUGACUCAUUUCUUCUUAUAUCAUUUGUAUGCAAUCCUAAUUCGGAAGCGUAUUGUGACGUAACAUCUUGUGACACAUGUUGCGAAACACGGGUGGGUGUGAUAUGAUAAAUACGCGUGACAUAUAUUUGUACUUCUGAUUACAAUCCGUUCUGUUAUUUGAGAAAUAACGCCGAUCGAUGUAAUUUUUAUUAUACAUCACGUCCGGUCGCUCGUCGUCGUCGCCACGUAUAUAUGUGACGUUUCUUCCAUACGGAAGGUAGCCGAUAGACAUACAGGUAGAAAACACCUGUGUCCGUAAAAAUAUGUGAUAUCAAACAAGGCAAGUAACAUUAAUAUUAGCGUAAGGGAAUACAUUAGAAUGUUUUAUAAGGCAAAUCGUGAUAGCGAUUCUGUACGAAAUCUUAUGAGGAAAAGGCCGUUUACCGAUCUCGCACGGUGAAUUUAUUUCACACAUGCGGAAAUCACGCGAGUUACGCAUGAUGAAUGGCGGGUAUUACGUUGUACCAAAUUAAUCUACGAACGAUAUUGCGAUUGAAGUUGCACAGUUUAAGCUUCAUUCUUCCAAAGUGUAGUUUUUAAGUGACAAAUUACGGUAAGGUUGCGCGCAAGGUUGCGACAUGUCGACGUAAGGAUGUUCUACAGAAUGAGUACGUACAUAAGUCCGGGACAUAACAUAUGUAUGUAAAUUUGUCGUAUUAUAUUAAUAAUGUACAAGUCUUAUAUACUUUACUACAGUUACUCGGGAGGUAUCCUAACAACGGGGAAAGUUUUGAUAAAUCAUUUUCACGUUAUAUAUUCAAACUGUUUAUACACGAAGUGAUAUUUUGGAAUUACGUAACAGACAAAAAUAAAUAUCACUAUAUAUUCGGUACUAAUAGAUAGGAAUAGACGUAUAAAAAAGAGAUAUUUUCAGACGAUAAUUGUACAUCAGCCGCAUAAGAGAACGAGAGAGAGAGAGAGAGAGAGAGAGAAUUGGGAAUGUAUAUUGCUGUUAUAGACGCAUAUUGUAGCCUUUGAGUAAAUAGCAGCAUAUCCCUGUAUCUCUUUGUUACAUACAUCCUACUUUUUUUUUUU